AUGGCCUCCGUCACCUCCUGCUCUUCCACCGUCUUCACCUCCUCCUCCUCCAUACCCUACCGAACAAGGACGCCUCUUCCAUCUCUCCGCCCGCCGCCGCGUCUCGCCAGCCUUCCCGGGCGACCGGUGCUGAGGUGCCCAGCUAAGCGCGACCCGGGCGAGGCGCCGCCGCUGCUUGGAGCUCCUGUGGUUUGUGACGAGAGAGAGGCACCGGAGCCGGCAGGUACGGACAGUGGCGGGCUCGCGCCGUCCGAUCCGAAAUGGGGGCUCGCGUUCGCGGCGGCGGCGGGGGUGCUCAUGAUCCAGGGGUCGCAGCAGGCGCUGGCCGGCACGCAGUUCAUGGGCCUGCAGCCGCCGGCGGACCUGCUGGGGGAUCUCGGGGACAUCAGUACAGGUUUUGCUUCAGCUUUUCUGCUGAUUUUCUUUUCUGAGCUAGGAGACAGGACGUUUUUCAUUGCGGCACUUUUAGCAGCUAGAAAUUCUGGAGGAGUCAUUUUUCUUGGCACAUUUGGAGCACUUGCGGUAAUGACAGUUAUAUCUGUAGUUCUUGGUCGAGCAUUUCACUACGUUGAUGGCGUCCUUCCAUUCAGUUUUGGCGGUACAGAUUUCCCAAUUGAUGACAUUCUUGCUGUGUGUCUCUUGGUAUACUAUGGAGUUACUACAUUACUUGAUGCGGCUUCAGGUGAUGGAGAAAAGAUGAAUGAGGAGCAAGAGGAGGCUGAGAUAGCAGUUUCGAAGUUUUCUGGAAAUGGCGCAGGAUUAGUGUCUGUCGCCAGUACUCUUGCUAGCACAUUUGUUUUGGUUUUUGUUGCUGAAUGGGGUGAUAAAUCAUUUUUCUCAACAAUUGCACUUGCUGCGGCUUCAUCCCCUCCGGGUGUCAUUGCAGGAUCGCUUGCUGGUCAUGGUGUUGCAACAUUGAUUGCAGUUCUUGGUGGUUCUUUGCUGGGGACAUUCCUAUCUGAAAAGAUUAUAGCAUACAUCGGAGGGAGCCUUUUUUUAGCAUUUGCCGCUGUGACACUAGUUGAAAUCGCGACUUCAUGA